AUGAUGAAAAGAGGCGAGGAAAGGCACGAACCUGCACAUGAGCGCGAGUGCCUGUUGACGUUGCACUUGCGUACGCUGCGAAGCCAUCUGCUGCUGCUGGUGCGCCAACGUCUGCUUCAUGAGUACCAUUUUGAUACUCUGCUCCAUGGCGUACUUCUUGGCGCGCGCGACGGCAUCGGCCUGGUCGGCAUUGAGACGAGGCAACUGCCCCCCGAGAACCGCAGGCAGGGCCGCGCCCCGCGCCGCCGGCCCCGCCGCCACCUCACCCCGCUGCUGCAGCUCGUACACGGCACCGGGCAGGUACCCGAGCGUGCUCUAUGA